AUGUACUAUAGGAAACCCGAUACUCGCGAGCCCAACAGUUCGAAAGUCGGUGACUAUCAAGUGCUCGAAGAGAUUGGACGAGGUUCUUUUGGCUUUGUGAGGAAAGUCAUCCAUAUACCGACGAAUAAGGUUCUAGUUCGGAAAGAAAUUCAGUAUGGGCAUAUGAACUCGAAAGAACGGCAGCAAUUGAUAUCCGAAUGUGCCAUUUUAAGUCAGCUAAAACAUGAAAACAUAGUUGAAUUCUAUGAGUGGGAUUCAGACAAAGAUGUGCUCUACUUCUAUAUGGAGUACUGCAGCAAUGGUGAUCUGUCUCAAAUGAUAAGCAAUUUCAAAAAGGAACGCAAAUACAUUCCAGAGAAACUGGUAUGGAGAAUUAUGGCGCAAAUCCUCUCCGCUUUAUACCGCUGUCAUUAUGGCACUGACCUAGUUCCACUAGAAUCAAUAUAUGAUAGGGCCAAGUCCCCUGUGAAAGGUUCGAACGUGGUCAUUCAUAGAGAUCUGAAGCCAGGAAACAUUUUCCUGAGUACAGAAAAAGUACCCGAUCCUUCCACGGCUUCUCAGACCUUAGACUACAACACCGCCUCAGUGAAGCUCGGGGACUUUGGUCUUGCCAAAUCCCUCGGUUCAAGCGUGGAAUUUGCGACAACUUAUGUUGGUACACCUUACUAUAUGUCCCCAGAGGUCUUGAUGGAUCAACCCUACUCGCCGCUGAGCGAUAUUUGGUCUUUAGGGUGUGUGGUAUAUGAGAUGUGUACAUUACACCCGCCUUUCCAAGCGAAAACGUACACAGAUUUGCAAAGAAGAAUUCGUGCUGGCAAGUUUGAACGGAUUCCAGAAUACUAUUCUCAAGAACUUCAACUCGUAAUUGAGUCGUGCAUCAACCCAGACUUACAAACGAGGGCAUCCGCAUACUCCCUUCUACAAAAUAUUCAGCUUCGCAUUGCGCGCAAGUCGCUGCAACUUGAAAGGUUUGAGGACACAUUAUUAGACUACGAAAAGGAACUCAUGAACGUCGGCGACAUUUUAGAGCGACAAGCCGCUGAAUAUGAGACAGAAAUGGCUGUUAUUAGAAGCCAGUAUCGGAAAGAGUUUGAUCUCACUGUGGAGCAGCGAGUCAGGGAAAUUUUGCAUGGAAAAAAGGUAAGUGGCAUGCCAGAUAUAAUGCAAGGCAAAAACCAUCUCAAUAGACCAGAUUACCACUGGCGGGUGAAGGGUAGGUAA